AUGGGCGUAAGACUUCGUUCUUUCCUUCCCACCCCCUUUCCCCCCUCUCCCUCUCCCUCGUCCUUUCGACGACCUCGCCCUCCGCUCCAACUUCCCUCAUACCCCCUUCCCUCAUCCCCCCGUCGCUCAUCCCCCCGUCGCUCAUCCCCCCGUCGCUCAUCCCCCCGUCGCUCAUCCCCCCGUCGCUCAUCCCCCCGUCGCUCAUCUCCCCGUCGCUCAUCCCCCCGUCGCUCAUCCCCCCGUCGCUCAUCCCCCCGUCGCUCAUCUCCCCGUCGCUCAUCCCCCCGUCGCUGUCGCUCAUCUCCCCGUCGCUCAUCCCUCACACGAUUCCCUAAUCACCCCUCGUUCCGAUUUACCUCCCUUAUCCCCAUUUUCACCCCUCAUUCCUCCUGCGGUCCCGGUCAUUUCCAUCUCGCUUUCCAGCCAUUUACCUUUCACCGCUCAACCGCUAUUCCCUCCCCCCUCCCUUCUCCCCCCCCCCAUCCCCACGCUUACCUCACACUUCCCGUCUCUCACCCCUCAUUCCCCGUCGCUGAACCUUUAUCCUUCUGUCACCCCUCACUUCCCCCCGCCGCUCAACCGUUUUUCCUCGGUCACCCCUCAUUCCCUCGUCGGUCACCCCUCAUUCGUCGCUCACCCGUCGCUCACCCCCCGUCGCUCACCCCUCAUUUCCCGCUUUCGCUCACCCCUCGAUUUUUCCCCGUCGCACACCCCUGUCCCCCGUCGCGCAUCCCUCAUUUCCCCGUCGCUCAUCCCUUGUUUCCCGCGUUCGCUCAUCCCUCAUUUCCCCCCGUCGCUCAUCCCUCAUAUCCCCCGUCGCUCAUCCCUCAUUUCCUCCCUUCGCUCACCAAUCCUUUCCCCCCUUCACUCAUCCUUCAUUUUCCCCCGUCGCUAACCCCUCGUUUCCUCUUUUCGUCCGCCCCUCAUUUCCCCAUGGCUCGCCCCUCGUUCCCCCGUCGCGCACCCCUCAUUCCCCUGUCGCUCACCCUUGAUUUUCCCCCCUCCCGCACCCUUCCGCCCUCAUCUCCCCCACGUCCUCCUCCCGCCCCGCCUGUCACCUCUCAGUUCCCUACGCCCCUCACUCCUCGCUCCCCAUUAUUUCCCGCCAAUCCCAACUUACAAGCUCCCCAUGCAUUUAUUCUCACCUUGUUUUCACUACCAUACCUCAGCUGCUGUUUCCCCUCGUCCCCUGCACCUGUCUUCCCUCAUUUCCCGGGCUCCUCUUCACUUAUCCUCUUCCCACUCCCAGCAGCGGCGCCUGAUGGGAAAGAGGGAGGCACGAACGGAGGAGACACGGUUGUGAAAGUUGGGGUGGUGGGGGCAGAUCUUUCUGGCUCCAAUGCUGACCUCACUGCUGACGUCAACGCCACAGGCUGCAUUUCCCUUGCAAUGUUUCUCAACACCACCAUUAACGACUACAACAUUCGGUACCACGUCAUCGUGACUCUGACCAAUCCCGGCGAGCCCACCGGCGUCGUCAUCAAGAAAGGCGCUGACGUGGCACUCACUGUGACCGCCAGCAGCACCAAGAGCGCUGGUCCAUUGCUCCCUAAGUACAGGCACACCACGUGGGGCAAAUUACUGGGCAAAUCACUGAAACGCUUGGGCAAGUACGCCAUGUACUGGCACACCUACGAAACCACUGGCACUUGGCUAAGCGCCAGUACUUUGAAGGUGGAUAAUGGGCAGACUUACAAGCAGCUAGCAGAUGCCAUGCUGGCUGCUCCUGACGCUUACUCUGCUCUUGUCUACACCAUCGCAUACAAGAACGGUGCAGUGAGCGGUACAUUUGCCAAUACAACCCUGGAAGCAGGUGAAGAACCGUAUGGACAGAAAGACACCAAUUUGAGCAUCAAACUCACAGGGCGCCUUGGUGUGCAGGGGUGA